CCAUAAUACAAGCAAGCCAAAGAAGAAGACAAUGAAACAUCCAUGGCUCCUCAUCUUCUCCCUCUCCAUCACAAUCCACCUCUCCUCACCACAGAGCCUCAUCAACACCACCUGCAAGGCCAUGUCGGCCGACAGCCCGAACAUCAAGUUCGGCUUCUGCGCCACCUCGCUGCAGGCCGCCCCCGCCAGCCAGUGCGCGUCGACCCGGGGCCUGGCCACCAUCGCCAUACGCGCCCUCCGCUACAACGUGACGGACACGCGCUGCCACAUCAAGCAGCUGCUGAAGAGCGGGCGGCGGUGGGACCCCUACGCGAGGCAGUGCCUCGGCGACUGCCUCGACCUCUACUCCGACGCCAUCUCCACCGUCAAGCAGGCCAUGAAGGACUUCAACGCCCGCCGCUUCGACGACGCCAACGUCCGGAUCAGCUCCGUCAUGGACGCCGCCACCACGUGCGAGGACGCGUUCGCGGAGGGGGGAAACGGCGCCGUUUCGCCCCUCACGAAGAGGAACGCGGACGCCUUCCAAAUCGGGGCCGUGGCGCUGUCUGUCGUCGGCAUGAUUCGGAAGGGAUCGGCCUGAUUUUUAUUUGAAUUUCAUUGUUAGUAAUUUAUAUGAUUAACUUGUUGGGUGUAUGGUGAUUAUGUGGUUGAUGGGCAAUAUAUAAUAUCAUCAUUUCAUAUA